AUGUCUCAGAAGCGAUUGGAAGGGAGGGUCGCGCUUGUGACCGGUGCCUCUUCCGGCAUAGGACGAGCGACAGCGAUAGCCUUAGCUAAUGAAGGAGCAACCUUGGUUUGCUGUGAUCUCAAAGCCGAAGCCAACCCCAAGGUGGACAUCUCCAACUUUGACCAAAUCGAAGCAGCGUUUGACACAACGCUACAGGAAUUUCAACGUGUCGAUAUUGUUGUGAAUUGUGCCGGCUUCUGGGCCCCUUUUAGAAAGUUCGCCGAUGAAGAUGAUGAGCUCUGGUCGAAAAUGCUGCAGGUCAAUACGGCUGGAACAUCGAAAAUGUCACGGGUUGCCAUUCGUCAGUUCCUCAAGCAAGAUGUCGACGAGUCUUGGGGAAGCCGGGGUCGCAUUGUGAAUAUCUCCUCUUGUGCAGCAAAUAUAGCCUAUGCAGGGGAAGUGGCAUAUUGCGCUACCAAAGCCGCUAUCAACCACAUGACACGAGCGGGUGCAAUUGACCAUGCUCCAGACUCAAUCAACAUCAACUGCAUUGCUCCCGGUGUCGUUGCAACUGGGAUGGCUCGGGGUAACCUGGAAAACAAAGACAUUUUGCAGACGAUGAAGGGGGCGACUCCCUGGCCAAGACUGGGUGUUCCUGAGGACAUUGCUCAGGCUGUUCUGUUUUUCUGUUUGCCAGUCUCGCAGUGGAUCACAGGGCAAGUCCUUUCUGUUGACGGUGGAAUGACUCUGGGAGUGCCUGCAUAA